AUGUGUAUCCGAGUCAGCGAUCAGACGACGAACCAAAGCCAACCAAAAGAACCCCUGCAACCACAAACGUCAACCAACACAACAAAUAGACGGAAAAUACCUCAAAGGCGACCCAAGAAAACUGAAUUCAAUCUCAGAGAAGGAAACCGAGGUGAAGAGACAAUUCCUCGCACUGACCGUCACAACGAGAUUCAUCGCAGCAGUCAGGUGCCCCGACCCAUCCACAGACCCACAUCCCUCCCCACACCCCCACGACCUCAGAUUCAGCGACCAGCCCACAAAACCUCACCAAAAGAGACGAAGUCGGGGGUGAGAGAACGCGACAAAUCAUCUGCCGUUAGAAGCGCUGGAGACGAUAUGGCAACCGGGAUGGGUCGAGCAAUUGGGGACGACCACAGGCCCGAGUCCGCCGCCGCUGAGGAAGGCCAAGAGAUAGAGAAUGGAGCUACACCGGCGGGCUUUCGAUUUCGAGCAAGAGGAUCAAAGAAGAUGGAUAGAUAUCAGAAGGUGGAGAAGCCAAAGCCUGAAUCUCCUGUUAAUCAGAAUGAGAUCCGCAUUACUUCACAGGGCUUGGUUCGUAACUACAUCAGUUACGCCACCACCCUUCUUCAGGAACGUGAAGUAACAGAGAUCGUCUUAAAAGCAAUGGGUCAGGCUAUAAGCAAGACUGUGGCUGUUGCAGAAAUCAUAAAGAGAAGGAUUCCUGGGCUUCAUCAGGACUCUACCAUCAGUUCAGUGAGCAUAACAGAUACUUUUGAACCCAUUGAGGAAGGCCUUCAGACUGUGGAGCAGACGCGACAUGUUUCGAUGAUUUCAAUUACCCUGUCUACGAAAGAUCUGAACAAAAAUUCCCCCGGGUAUCAAGCUCCAUCAAAUACUGAUCAAACUAGACAGCAAUACAAUCAUCCGCCACAGCAACGUCAGCCUCCUAGACAAGUACGUGGAGGUUACAACUCUGGUAAUGGAGAUUCAUAUGGACGGGGAAGCGGACGUGGUAGAGGGAGGGGCCGAGGCUGGAAUAGAGGUGGAUAUUCUAAUUACCAAGAGAAUGGUGGGUGGUAUCAAGGUGGGUAUUCUGGUGGGUAUCAGGGUGGCUACUCUGGAGGAAAUGGCGGUGGCUACUCGGGAGGAAAUAGGGGUGGCUACUCGGGAGGACAUAGGGGUGGCUACUCAGGAGGAAAUGAUGGUGGCUACUCGCGCGGGAAUGGUGGGUAUCAGGGUGGCUACUCAGGUGGAUACCCUAACUGGGGACGAGGUGGUGGGCGUGGGGGUUGGGGCUAUCGAGGUGAUGGUUAUGGAAGGGGCCGAGGUGGAGGCGGGAGAGGCUUUGUGCGGGGCCGUGGAAGGAUGGGGGGCCGUGGUGGUGGUGGUGGUCUGAGAGGUGGAGGAAAUCAAGCAUAG